AUGCACCGCAGCAUCGAUCACGAGGCGCUCUCGUCGCUCUAUGCGAGCCGGAAGCGAUACACGGCGACGGGCGACGAGGACGUCCGGCCGAGCCUCGUGAGCGCGAUCCUGCAGUCGCAAUACCCAGACAGCCGCCGCCACCGACACAGCGCCCACCUCUCAACGAAUGCGCUCCGCACCAACAAGUCGUGGAACUUUCUCGAGUCAUCCAAGCAGCUGCAGAGCCCACUCGACGAAGCCUCGGUGAUCGCCAAGCUCACAUUGGCGUGGCUCAACCCACUCUUCAAACAAGGUGCCACCGAGCCCUUGGACGCAGAUGACGUGCCGUCGCUGCGCGCUAAAGACAGCGUCUUGCUCCUUCACAAGCGCUUUCAAGCACGCUGGAUCCCUGAGCAGCAGUCGAACGCACCGCGUCUAUUUCGAGCGCUGCUAUGGACGCUGGCACCCGAACUCGCUCGUGCAUUUGGCUGCCACGGUCUCUACCUCGUCAUCAACCUCGUGAUUCCGACAAUGAUCAAGGGCAUUGUGUCCUACCUCUCAAGCGGUGUCAACCCUGUCACGAAAGCGCCCGACCAGCCGCUGGAGGCCGGCCUUGUCUUUGCCUUUGGCCUCGCGCUCCUCUCGUUCCUUGGUGUCACCGUCCUCGGCUUCGCGUGGUCCGUCAACAUUGAGCUCAGCAAUUGCGCGCGGUCGAUCGUCAUGGACCAAGUGUACUUGAAGGCUGUCUCGGCACCGACGGUGGCGACGACCACAUACACAUCGGGCGACGUCAUGACGCUGGCCAACAUUGAUAGCGAGCGCCUCUUCCACGGGCUCACGUGCAUCUGCUACGUGUUGCUAUCGCCGCUGGCGCUCCUUGCGAUUUUUGUGCUCAUUGGCUUUGAGAUGGGCCCCAUUGUUGCAAUCACGGGCGCUUGCACGAUGGCGGGCUUCCUCCUCUCGGCGUUCGGCCUCUCGUACGCCUUGUCGGCGGCGCGGGAUCGCCUCGUGGACGCCACUUCGCGGCGCCUCUCGCGCACGCAAGAACUGCUCCAGAGCAUUCGCACCAUCAAGCUCGGCGCGUACGAAUCCACCUUGCUGGACGCAGUGUUCCAGCUGCGCGCGAUCGAGCUCCGGUGCCUCGGGUGGUUCCAGCUCCUCUGCAAUGUCAACAUCGACGUCUUUGUGCUCGCACCCGUCUUUACGACCGUGGCCAUGUUUGCUGUCGCUGACACGGCCGAGGUCUCGGCCGGCGCCGCGUUCGCCGUCGUAAGUCUCAUGGUCGUCGCGCGCUUUCCGUGCAACAUCUUUCGUCGGCCGUGCGGUAUGCCUCCGAAGCCAUCGCGUCCGAGCGCCGUCGACUCCAAAGCCGACUGGAUUGCACUCACGCAAGCAAGCUUUGCGUGGUGUCCACCGACGACGGAUGCGACGCCACAGCCCUCGGCGAGUGAGCCGACGACACCUGGUCUCGCCGCGCCGCUCCCGAUUCCGUCGCCCCAAGAGACGUCGCACGCGAUUCUUAAAAACAUUACGUUUCGCCUACGACGCACCGAGGUGGGGUCCUUCACAGUUGUCGUCGGUCCCGUCGGCAGCGGCAAGUCGAGCUUCCUCCGCGCCAUGCUCGGUGACAUGUGGCCGCGACCCGCGAUCGCUGGCAACAUGGCGUACGCGAGCCAAGAACCGUGGCUCAUUGACGACACGGUGCGCAACAACGUGUUACUGCACCGACCGUAUGUGCCGAGCCUCUAUCGACGCGUUCUUGGCGUCACCGGGCUCAUCCUUGACACGGCAGCGAUGGCGUCGGGCGACUUGACCAUGGUCGGCGAGCGAGGUGCGGCGCUCAGUGGUGGCCAGCGUUCCCGUAUCAAUCUCGCGCGCGCUUUGUAUCAAGUGGAUAGUGCCGACAUUUUCUUGCUCGAUGACCCGCUCAGCGCGCUCGACCUCCACGUCGCUUCGCACGUCUUUCACGAGGUCAAAAGGUUUCUGCGCGGCAAGCAAGUGCUCAUGGCAAUGAACGCGCACCACCACUUGCUCGUGCACGCGACGCGCGUCAUCACGCUCACGGCGGGUACGAUCGUCGGUGACGAGUCCUCAACCAGCCGGACGACUUUGUACAAGCAAGGAGGGGCCGACUCUCCGGAUGUCGACGACGACGGCGAGGACAACGAUGGCUUUGUGGUGCUACCGGCCAUGGACACCAUUGCGUCGUCGGUGGUCGAGCUGCCAAACCACGACACACCGGCAGUGUUGGACACAACGGCCAGUGUCGCUGCUUUGGACGACGAUAUGGCGCCGCCGAUCGGGAAGACCUACUUGGCCUACCUCGGCGCGUCGGGCGCGGCGCCGUGGCUCGUGCUCCUGACGCUCAUUGCGCUUUACACCGUCUACCAAGUCGCGUACUAUAUCACGGACUAUUACCUGGACACGGCCGUCGCCGCGGGCAAAGGGAGCAUGGAGACGUACGCGGGCUUGGCGCUGGCGACCGUCGUCGCGAGCUGUCUCAAGGACAUGUUUGUGAUCUUGGUCUCGCUGCGCUGCUCGGCCAGUGUGCACGCAAAGGCCCUCACUCGCGUCGUCGGUGCGUCGGUGCCGGCGUUUUUCGAUACGACGGCGCUCGGCGACAUUCUCAACCGGUUCUCGACCGACCUCGCGGCGAUGGAUACGGACUUGCCGUACUUUACGUACCAGUUUGCCACCGACGCGUUCCAUACGACGUGUAUUGUGCUCGUGGUGUGCUACUACACGCCGCUGUUGAUUGCGCUCUUCCUCCCGCUCGGGUACCUCUUUGUGUCGUACCAAAUGUACAAUUUGCUCUCGGCGACGGCGCUCAAAGGCCUCGACCUUGCGUCGCGCGCACCGUUGGUGACCAACUUGAGCGAGACCCUCGACGGCCGCGCGACGAUCCAAGCCGCACACGUCGAGAAGGCGUUUGUCGAGAAGCACCGCGUCUUGAUCGACGCCAACGCGGCGUGCUACGGCAUCUACUGGCUCGCGGGCACGUGGCUCGAGAUUCGCCUCGGCUGGCUCAGCGCUCUCGUUGUCUCGGCCGUCGCGAUCGCCAUUGUAUGCUUGCGGGCGUCCAUGGAUGCGCACAUCGCCGGCCUCGUUCUUGUCUACGUCAUGAGUCUCUCGGCCAACGUCCAAGAAGUGCUGCGCGUCAUGGGCUAUGUCCAAACGUACACGACGUCGGUCGCGCGCCUCUUUGCCUACCAUUCGCUGCCGGCCGAAGUCGAUUUGGUCGCGACGGCGUCAGCGCCAUGGCCCUCCCACGGACGCAUCUGCUUUGAUCAGUACAGCAUGCGCUACCAGCCGCAUCUGCCACUCGUGCUCUCCAACAUUAGCCUCGUCAUUUCGGCCGGCGAAAAGGUUGGUAUUUGCGGCCGGACGGGCUCGGGGAAAAGCUCCCUCCUCUCGGCGUUGAUGCGCCUCGUGCCGGGGGACGCAGGCUGCAUCACGAUUGACGGCGUCGACGUCACGACCGUGCCGCUAACGACGCUCCGGUCGCGCAUCACGGUGAUUCCGCAGAGUCCUGUGCUCUUUGCGGGGUCGCUUCGCACCAACUUGGACCCAACGGGCGAAGCCACGACCGAGGCGCUAACCUUAGUCCUAAACCAGAUCCAUUUGGCACACCUCGGUCUCGACUUUGUCGUCGAGAACGGCGGCAACAACGUCUCGGUCGGGCAGCGCCAGCUUGUGUGCUUUGGGCGCGCGCUCUUGCGCCAAAGCCGCAUCGUGAUUCUCGACGAAGCGACGGCGUUCGUCGACGCAGAGAUGGAACGUGUUCUGCAAGAGAUGCUCGCCAAGUGCUUUCGCCACACGACGAUGCUCACGAUCGCCCAUCGGCUGCAAACGAUCAUCGACAGCAGCGACAAGGUGCUGGUGCUCGACGCCGGUGCCGUGCUCGAGUUUGACGCGCCGACGACGCUACUCCGCGACACCAGCAGCGCGUUUUAUCAGCUCGUGCAAGCCACGUCCUAGUGUCCAUUAUCUAUUUUACAAAGAGAAAUGUAUCUGACCAACAAUGCUCGGUGCUACAAUGCAGUAUCCAGACCAGC